GGCGUAGCGAUGUCGCCAGACCGCUAAGAUGAGGUGCGGCCGAGUGCUGCUACUGCUGCUGCCCCUCUCUCUGCAGGCACCCGCCCUCCGACCAGCUCGCGGGGGUGGCGUGUCGGCCGGCCAGGGGUCGCAGCAGGGCUCGGGCCCCGUGUUCAUCCAGGAGCCGGCCAACAAGGUGGACUUCUCCAACAGCUCGGGGGUCACGGUGCUGUGCGCCGCCCACGGGGACCCGCCGCCGACGCUGAGCUGGCUGCUGGACGACGGCUCGGUGGCGGCGGACGUCCCGCGGCUGCGUCGCAUGCUGCACAACGGGUCGCUGCACCUGCCCGCCUUCGCGGCGGACGAGUACCGCGCCGACGUCCACGCCACCUCGUACCGCUGCCGCGCCUCCUCCAGCGCGGGCACCAUCUUGUCGCGGCGCGUGCGGCUGCGGGCAGUGGUGCGGCAGCACUACGAGGUGCAGGUGUACGACGAGUUCGUCAUCCUGGGCAACACGGCGGUGCUGCGCUGCCACGUGCCCUCUUUCGUCCGCGAGUACGUCACGGUGACGGGGUGGGUGCGCGGUGGCGACCAGCGGAUACUCGGCGACGCGGACACAGGCGGCAGGUACUCGGUGUUCCCGACGGGCGAGCUGCACAUCCGGGAGGCGCGCGCCGAGGACGGGGCCGCGUCGUACCGCUGCGAGACCCGGCACCGCCUCACCGGCGAGACGCGGCUCAGCUCCGUCUCCGGCAGGGUGGUGGUGGCGCCGCCCCAGAGCUCCGUGCCGCCGCGGGUCACUGACUCUCGCAGUGUGGUGUCUGGGCGUGUCAAGGACUCCCUGGAGCUGCCGUGCGCCGCGCAGGGCUCCCCCGCGCCCGAGUACAGGUGA